AUGGCGAUAGCUGCUGGUGCUGGCUCAGCUAAUUUCCUAAUAAGUGCUCAGCAUGCUGAGGCAGUUGCUUGUUUGAAAGGUAUGGAGUGUGCUGCUGGUUUAAGAAUGAGGCGUAUUAUUUUGGAGACUGAUGCAGCUUUUGUGGCCAAGGCUUUAUCUACUCCAGAGGUGGCCAAGACUUUAAUUGUUAGCAGCCAUGCGAAAGGACCAUUUUACCGCUCUGCUCAUCAACGGACUCACCUCCUCCUGCCGCUUCCCUUCAGAGGGUCAAAGCGCGCGCCUCCAAGAUUAGCUGCGGCUUCCUGGAGGAGAGGAGCCCAAGCGGCAAGAAUCAGGUCGAGAGACAGGAGGGAGAAAGGGAGGCAAGAGACUACUGCUGCUGGUACUGGACAAGGGAGAGGCUUGGGUGGAGGAACGGAAGCGCUCGCCUGCUCGCUCGGGCCAUUCGAUUGGAGGCAACAGUGGGCGCGGCAGCCACAGCACAGGCCGCGGCAGCCUGGCCGCUGGGGCCGUUCCCCCUCCACCUGCAGCAUGCCCGGCGGGAGGCGCGCCUACAGCCGCUGCGGCAGGGGAGCUCCUGCGCCUGCAGCGCCACCGCUGGGGCCCGCGGACCCGCCCGCGGUCGCGCGCCAGGCGCAUUCCUGGGAGCCUCCCGCGCCGGCGCACGCGGUAGCGCCCCCGCCGGGCCCCGCGCCUCCGCUGGUCGCGCGCGGGUGUGGGGGCCGCGCCUUCGCUGGUUCCGCCGAGUCAUUGCCACCGCCGCCAUCGUGGGUAUACUAG